ACAGAUGUAUGAAGCUUUUUGUUUUCAGUUAUCUUGUACUUUGUUAUUGCGGAUAUUUAUUUUGUAACUGCGUAUUCAUCACAUAUAUUUUUCAUUCCGAACUACAGUCGAUAUUAAGAAUCGAAAUAUUUGACACAUGAGAGUCGCCUGUGUAUUGCAAGGGCGUAUACUCGUGUAAGUUUAUUUAUUGUGUUGUAACCACGUUUUGAGGAGUUCGUAGGCAAAGAUAUUAACAGUCGUCACGCGCAUUUCCAUGCAAAUCAAAUUUUCACAUUGGUUGGCCUGGAUUCCCACCUGAGUUCAUCUAAUUUCAACUUAGAGGAAAACUAGAUAUUUGCUGUAUUGUCCCACUGUCUUCAUACGUCAAAAUCUCCAGCCAUUAAUACUUCAUUUUAAAUGGGUUUAGGUGCUAGUAAAACUGCCAAAAUGAGUGAUACUGGAGUAGGUGAACUUGUCAAAAAUUUGAUUGCUAGUGAUGCAGUUGUGAUAUUCUCGAAGACAUACUGCCCAUAUUGCACAAUGGCGAAGGAGGUAUUUGACAAGUUGAAGUACAAGUAUACAGCUAUUGAAUUAGACAAUAGGGAUGAUGGUGAUGCAAUCCAGUCUGCGCUAGCAGAAAUCACUGGUGCCAGAUCAGUUCCAAGAGUAUUUGUAAAGGGGAAAUUUGUUGGUGGAGGUACAGAUGUCAAACAGCUGUAUGAAACUGGACAACUUGUACAGAUGCUAUAAAAUGAAUUGUUUCUGUGUCCGUUGGCAAUUAUAUUCGCUACAGAGUUUACUCUUUUUAAGUUAACAGCUUUUGAUUACAGAUUUUUCAAUAUAGCUAUUUUUUCUAUGCUAAGAUGUAAAGCUACAAAGAGCAGUAUUAUUUCAUUGUGAUGUGAAAGAUUGAUGCACUACUAAGCGAACAACUGUCAUAGAUUGUGUUACUUUCCAUGGCUGUGCAAAAAAAAUUGAAAUGAGAAACAAGUUAUAGAAUUCUAAUAAAAGCAACUUUUAGACAAAA